AACUAACGGUUGAAUUGAUAACGGAUUUAUAACUAAUACAUCCUGAGACAUUGACAUUCAUUACUAAUUAUUUGCUAAAGAUUUUUGUCUGAAAAUUGGGUGUAAAAUUCUCCACAUAUUGCCCCCACCCCACUAUACGGAGCUAAUAAUAAGCAUUUCAUGGUCCAGUCGUAGUCUAUAGACAAUUAUAUAAUACUACACUAUACAAAACUAUACUACACUACACUAUACUACACUAUACAAACCAUAGCUAGUUAUUCUGCUCAUCAUGGUUAGUGUAACUUCAUCAGUUCAACAGAAAUCAAAUAGCUAUGUUCGAACCAAAAAGGGUUUAUCAUAUGUAUUAGGUGAUACUAAUAAUUCUGAAAAUCAUAUAUUACCGAUCAAUGCUAUUCAAUAUUCUUCUUAUACAAAUGAUAUUUAUACAGCCGGAAGAGAUGGGACUGUUAAAGUAUGGAGUAAUAGUAAUAAUCAUAGAAAUGAUUCAGUAGUAUCAAAUAAAGAUACAGUUGAUUCAACAAUUGCUUCAAAUUCAUCAUCAAAUGAUUAUGAUAAUGGUAUAUUUGAAUUUGGUAAUGGAGGAGAGAAUGAAUCCAAUCAAAUUGGUGAUGAAUAUCAAGAUAUAGAUGAAAAGAUAUUAAAAUUAGAAACAUCUAUUUCAUCAAAUCCUGUACCAUAUAAUCUUAAAAGUUCAAAUAAUUCCAAUUCUAAUAGUACAAUUUCAUUAUCUAAUAGUGUUAAUAAAUUUACUAUUCAAACCAGUUAUAAUAUAUAUUUUGAUUGGAUAAAUGAUUUAAAAUUAAUUAAUAAUGAUCGAGAUUUAGUAUCAUGUUCAUCUGAUUUAUCUAUAAAAUUAAUUAAUUUACCUCAUGAAGAUGAAUUAACUGGAGAUUCCAAUGGAAUAAUUCAUGAAAGAAGUCAUAGUAGUAAUAAUCGAUCAAUUACUCAUCCUUCUAAUAUUAAUAUUAAUGCAUCAGUUCAUAAAUUUUCUAAUAUUCAUACUGAUUAUAUUAAGAAAUUAUCAUAUUUUAAAGAUUCAAAUCAUUUACUUAGUGGAGGACUCGAUGGAAAUAUUUAUAUUUGGGAUUUAUUUAAUUUAAAACCUAUUCAACAAAUUAGUAAUUCGACAGGAUUUGAUACUUCAUGUUUAAGAUCUUCAAUUUAUGCCUUGGCUAAUAAUGAAUCUAAUUUAAUUAGUUGUGGAGGUCCUAAUAAUACUAUUAAUUUAUUUGAUAGAAGAUCAUCUAAUCCUUAUGUUCGGAAAUUAAUUGGUCAUCAAGAUAAUAUUCGAUGUCUUGUAAUGAAUGAUCAUUUUAUUCUUAGUGGUUCAUCAGAUACCAGUAUUAAAUUAUGGGAUUUAAGAAAUUAUAAAGUAUAUAAAAAUUUUGAUAUUCAUGAUUUCCCUGUAUGGUCAUUAGUUACUGAAAGUCCUCAUAAUUUUAAUAAAUUUUAUAGUGGAGAUAAAGCUGGAAAUAUAGUUAAAACCGAUUUAACAUAUUUAUCAUCAUUUGUUAAUGAAAAUGAAGAUAUCUUUCAUGGUUAUGAUACAUUUACGGUUAAUGAUAAUUCAAUAAUUGAUGAAAAAUUAGGAAUUUCUUCGAUAAUUUCGAAGGGGAAUUCACCAAUUUUAUCAUUAUGUCAUGAAUCAAAAGAUGAUACAAUAUUUGCAUCUAAUUAUGAAGCAUUAAAUAGAUAUAUUAAUCCCAAUAUUGAUCAAGUAUCGAAAUAUCAAUAUUUAAGAACUUGUUUAGAUUAUUCAAUUAAUCGAGAACAACAAUUUAAUGAUGAAAUUGCUAGUGGAUUAAUGGUUGAUGAUAAUAAUAAUGCUCCACCUCCACCAGGAGAUGCCGAUUUAAAUUCCGAUUUUUAUGAUUUAAUUAGUCAUUUAUCAAUGGAUACUUUAACUAAUAAUUAUGAUUUACAAUCAACAUUUUCUCAUUCGCAUUCUUAUCAUAAUUUAUUUGAUUCAGGAACUCCACCUACGGAUAAAUAUUUAGAUUCCGAUAAUGAUAGUUUAAAUUCAAGUCAAUCCGAUGAAGAAUAUACUAGUAUAUUUUUAAAUGUUAAUGGAGGUCCAUCGGAUGAAUUUAUUAAUACUUAUAAAGAUGAACUGGCGUAUAAUUCCAAUACUAAUAUGCAAAAAUUAAAUUAUGUUCGAACUAGUCCAUCACAAGAACCACAAGCAUCACAACAAUCAGUUGAUAAAUUUGUAGAUGAUACUCCUGUGGAAAUCUUAUUAAAUCCUAUACCGGCCGAUCAAAUUACUUUAGUACCAUUUAAUAUUAAACCAUUAAAUCAAACUAAAAUCACUCCUAAAUCAAUUAUAUCUAAACGAUUCUUUAAUAAUAAACGAGAAAUUCUUGUUUUAUAUUUAAAUGGUGAUAUAAAGAUAUGGGAUGUAUUUAUGUGUAAAGAAGUUCGAAGUUUCUUAAUUGAUCCUCAAUUAAAUUUACUGAUGCUUAAUGCUAAAGAUCUCGAUAUACGACAAAAGGAAAUGGAUAAUAUCUUUCAAAAAUUUCAAUCUUCAGAUACUCUUAAUAAUUGGUGUGAUGUAGAAAUUAAAGCAGGGAAAUUAUUAGUCACUAUAAAGGAAACAUCAUUUUUAAAUGUUGAAUUAUAUUAUGAUGAUUUAAUUAAGAGUUAUCCAUUCUUAGCAUUAGAUCAUCCCGAAAGUAAAUUCUAUAAUUAUAAAAGUAAAGUUACUGUUAAUUUAGAUGAUCGAUUCUUUGUAGGAUCGAUAUUUCUUAAUUCAAUUUUAUUUCAAUAUGCUUUACUUGAAUGGGAAUUUGAUAAACAAGUUCGAGAAGAAAUGAGACAAUUACGGAAAAACAAUCGGAAUUUAAAUAAUACUCCUGCUUCAGCUGAAGAUAUGGCCGAAGCAAGUUCAAUAUCUAGUUUUAGAAGACUUAAAUAUUUUGGUAGGAAACCUUCAAAGACAAAUUUAUCUACUUCAUCUCAACAAGCUAGUCCGGCAGCAUCUACUAAUACAAGUAUUAAUGAAUAUUUAGGAAGUCCUGAAAAUCCAAUGAGUGAUUUCUUAAAUUUUUCUGAAGAAAAUAAGCAAAGUUAUGAUAAUUCAAUUAUGAAAUUAUUACAAACUAAUAAACGAGUUUAUUGGGAUAAAUAUAAUCAUGUUACUUAUAAUCAAGCUAAAGCUAAAGUUAUAGAUUCUGUAUUACAUGUGGAUGCUUUAGAUCCCACAUUAUCAAUUGAAUCGGCUAAUAAUCCACUUAUAUAUACUCCACUUAUUGAUACUGGUCGUUUACCGCCUCAUUUAUUAAUUAUUAUCUUUGAACAUAAUCAAGAUUUAGGUAAUUAUCGAGAUUUAUGUAGUUUCCAAUUAAGUGAUAUUCAAAAACUUGGUCUUAAUUCUCCUUUACUUCAUGAUCUUCGAAUGCAUUUACCUAAAUGGAUUGGCAAUCCCUUACUUUAUAAUCGAUAUCCAGUUAAGGAAACUCCAAAGAUUGCCUUUCAAUUAUUGGAAUGUGAUUAUAGUUUAUUACCGGCAAAUAAAAAGAUUGGAGGUAAAACUCAACGGAAAAUUAAGAAAUUGCCCGUAUUGGAAACUUCUAUAAAAUUAACUAGUCAUAGUAUGUUAAGAGUUGGGAAAAUUAUUAUAUAUUUAACUGAAAAAUUCGAAUCUAAGACUUCAGAAAUGAAAGAUAAAAAAAUGGUUCCUACUGAUUGGUUAGUAUUAGAAUGUAAAGGUCAAGAAUUACCAAAUGAUAUGACUCUUCAAACCAUUAAAACAAAAAUAUGGAAGUCUAGUGCUGAUAUCGAGUUAAGAUUUAGAAGAAAAUUUGAUCCUUAGUGUAUAUAAUCGUCAUAAAAGUCAAUAAAUUAUGCAAACAUUCGUCUUAUUGGUGUAGCAACGUGACCGCGAUCAUCUGACCCCAUAGUUAACGGAAUUUUU